CGGCCAACAGUGUGGCCGACUGGCCAAACAUGCCUGAAUCGGGGCAGUUUGGUCUUUUGGCCUCGGGUCUUUUAAAAUAGGGCCUCUAGCCCUAUUUUCUUCACUUGUUCUUGGUCGAAAACUCCCGCCCUCUCUCUCUAGAUCAUUUUCCUUCCUUCAUUUCUCCGUUUUCUUGUGUUUUCAACACUUUUUCGUCGUUCGAUUCGCGAAUACUUCAUCAUUUCGGACGUUUUGAACCGAAUGAAACUUCGUUUCGGUGUCUUUUUCUUGAUUUCCGCCACUUGGGGCUUGUUUCCACUGAGUUCCUCUUGAUCUUCGUGCCUUUUCCACAUUUCGAUUUUUCCGGCCAUUUUUCGCCCUCUCGGGGUUGACUUUCCGUUGACUUUUUGCAUUUUAGCCCAGUUUCCACAUUUUCGGCCAUUUUCACACUCUCUCUGAGAUGGCAGACGAUCUUCCACAGGGCGGGACUCCCCCAGAGCAUGAGAUGGAUCCCGAGGCCGAGCUCUUGCCUCUGAGCGUUCACCCGUUCGACCAGGCGACCAACCGGCCAGCGAUUCACAUACUGCCUCCUGACGGACUUCGCCAGUUCCGGAGUUUUGACAGGACGGUGCCUCCAGAGCUUCUCCUACGCGAGCCAGAGUCACAUCUAUCAUACGACGCUUCCAAGGGGGAUUCCCAUGCCUUCCAGGGGUAUGGGACUGUUGCCGCCCACGAUUGGUACAUGGAGCUGCCCAAUGCGGUCCGUCACAUUGUAGACCAGGCCGGUUUCGGCGCCUUCUGUAGGGGACUUUCCAGACUUACUGCGAGCAGGCCUCUGCUAGCCGCUCUGGUGGGGAGGUGGUGGGACACCACCGAUUCCUUCCACUUUUCCGCCAUGGGAGAUAUGACGAUGACUCCCUAUGACUUCUCAAUGCUCACUGGCAUCGGGGUAGGGGGUGAUCCGAUCCCCUUCGACACAGACAUGGAUGAGUGGGAGGCCACUCAGAUUUACUUUCUGGGCAAGAUGUCGCCUCUUGCGCGCCCAGGAUUCGUUAGAUAUUCAUGGUUCGAGAGCCACUUUAGGGUUCAGCCGGCCUUGGCCGAGGAGGCACCGAUGGCUCAGGAGGAGGUGGAGCAGUACGCCCGCGGCUUCCUCAUGUUUCUGCUAGGGACGACCAUUUUCGCCGACCGGGCGAAUACCGUGCCCCUCUGUUUGUUGAGUGCGCUUGUGGACGUCACGCGAAUCUUGCGCUACGACUGGGGUGCUGCCAGUUUGGCCACGCUAUAUGGAUACAUGAGCUCAGCUUCCCAAUGCAGCGGACAGUUGCUCGAGGGCUACUGGCGAGCUUGGGAGUUGUGGGUCUACGCCUACUUUCCGAGGCUCACGCCAGUGCUUGACGAGGACACCCCUCUUGUCGUUCCAUUCCCCUGACGCUUCGAUAUGAGGUGUGUGCGGAGACCACGGGAGACGUUCAUAUUCUUCUGCCGUUAUUUCGACACCAUCACCCCC